CAACACAUCACGCCGCCCCACGUCGCCCCGCCCCGUCCCACCACACGCACGCAUGACAACAAAGAUGUCAACACUCCCGCCGCUCCCACCGAGCAUCCCCGCAUUCCUAUCCGCCUACCUCCCGCCGUCCUCCUCCUCCGCCACCCCCACCCCCUCCCCUUCCCCCGUCCCCCUCCCCACCCGUCCCUUCGUAACACUAACCUACGCGACCUCCCUGGACUCGCACCUCUCCCUGUCAGCGGGCGUGCAAACGCUCCUUUCGGGCUCGGCCACAAAAGCUUUAACGCACUACCUGCGCACGCAGCACUCUGCGAUCCUGAUCGGCGCGUCGACCGCGAUCGCCGAUGACCCCGGGCUGAACUCGCGGCUGCCCGGGACUCCGCUUGCGCGCCAGCCGCGGCCCGUAGUGCUCGAUCCACAGUUCCGCUGGCGGAUCGCACGAGACGCGAGGGUGCUGCGGACUGCUGGGAGGGGAGAGGGGAAGGCGCCGUUUGUUUUCGUUUCUGCCGCGGCCGGGGGUGAGGUGGAGGCGGACGAGCGGGUGAGGCUUCUGGAGGAGGCGGGUGGAAGAGUCGUGCGCAUAGAUGCGCCGCCGCCGUGGAGUUGGAAAACGGUGCUGGAGACGAUUGCGGCGCUGGGGCUCGACAGUGUCAUGGUUGAGGGCGGGGGGAAGGUGAUUAAUGGGCUCCUCCGGAGGGAGAACCGCGGGUUUGUGGACUCGGUUGUGGUCACUGUUGCCCCUGUCUAUUUGGGCACGGGCGGUGUGAACGUUUGUCCGCCGAGAGUGGUUGAGACCCAGGCGGCCGUCAGGUUCACUGAUGUGCUGUGGACCGUGUUGGGGAACGAUGUGGUUAUGGCCGCCAGGCCGGACUUGAGCUGAGGCGAACCUGGGUUCUGGAACGUAUGCGGAGUACAUAGCCAGGGCUUUGAGGAGUACAUACGCUGUAGAUAUAGACUACAAAAGUACAUACCUAAUACCUAUACGC